AUGAAUCUCGUAGCUCAAGGACAAAUGGUCAAGUUUGAGUCUAAGAUUGGCCUUCUAGACUCCAAAGGUGAUUUUACAUACCCGCAGAUAAUGGACCUUGCUUUAUUUCAGAGGAAACGUCAGUCUCAAGGCACUUGUGACUUUGCCCACACAACAAUUGUCUCAGCAUCUAAUUCCAGUGAGUCUCUCACUAACCUCUCUGUAUUUAUUCAUUAA